AUCUUAAAACUCUCUGACUUCUUCUUCUUCUUCUUCUUCUUCUUCCUCUUCUUCUCUGUUUUCAUAUCAUUUCAUUUCCUUCCCUUUGUUUUUUAUGCUAACUUUUUCUCACCCAACAAAAAGUGUCUCUUAAUCAUAUAUUAUCUUCAAGAUAUUUUGAUUACAAUGCCUGCGACAGAUUACCAGGGUUCGUUUCUCGGCCGAAUUAGUAUUCGCCGGAACCAAGUCAUGUCCAUGGAGGGAAACCACGAACAAGAACUCGAAGACCUGGAGCUUUUUCAGAAACACGUGGCUGAUCGUUUCGCUGAUUUGUUACCACCACAACCGUCGGAUGAAACCCACACCGACCCUCUUCUCUCAAUCUCUUGGCUUCGUAAACUCCUGGACGCGUUCCUCUGUUGUGAGGCUGAAUUUAAAGCUAUUUUGAUCAUGGGUCGUGAGACAUCUCAGAUUUUGAAGCCACCUCUCGAUCGCUUGAUCCCUGAACUGCUUGAAAGAACGGUGAAAGCUUUAGAUAUUUGUAAUGCGAUCACCAACGGGAUUGAGUCCGUGAGACACUAUCAAAAAUUGGCUGAGAUUGCGGUCACUGCCCUGGAGAAUAAACCAAUUGGUGAUGGGCAAAUUAAGCGAGCUAGGAGAGCGUUGAAUUCGUUGGUAACUGCAAUGACUACUGAGGACAAAGACGGGAACAAUUAUACGAGAACUUGGUCUUUUGGACGCCGAGGUGCUGCUUCAGGGAAUAAUAAAGUCACGGGUCAAUUGAGAUCACUUUCUUGGUCCGUGUCUAGAAACUGGUCCGCAGCGAGACAGAUUCAUGCUUUGACAACAAACCUUGUGGCUCCACGAGGCGGCGAGUCGUCAAGUUUGGCUUCGACGGUUUAUGUAAUGAGUACUGUUAUGUUGUUUGUGAUGUGGGCUAUAGUGGCUGCGAUUCCUUGUCAAGAGAGGGGCGGAUUGGCUACACACUUUCCUGUGCCUAAACAAUUGGCUUGGGCUCAGAGUAUGAUUGUUUUGCAUGAAAAGAUUGGCGAGGAAUGGAAGAAGAAAGAAAAGAAAGGAUCAGCUGGGUUGCUUGAUGAGAUGCAAAAGAUGGAGAAAUUGGGCCAGUCUUUGAUUGACUUUACUGAUAACUUUCAGUUUCCUGCGGAAGAUGAGCGGGUGGAGGAGGUGGCUACACAAGUGGCGGAAUUGGCGGAGACUUGCCGGAAAAUGCAGGAUGGUUUGGUUCCUUUACAGCUCCAGAUUAGGGAAGUGUUUCAUAGAAUGGUUAGAAGCAGAACCGAGAUUCAUGACUUGUUGGAGUCAAAUGGGAAACUUUCCGCACCCAUGGUAUAAAGAUGUGCUGGGGUUUCUUCUGGGUCGAAUUCUGUGGAAAAAAAAAAGAUGUCUUGAUGAGCUCUCUUCAAUGUAGAAAAAUCAUUGAGGCAAUAUAUUGUUCCCAGGUUCAAGGUAUAAACAUGGCUACUUUGAGUCUGCGAUGUGGAUUUGGAUUCAGGUUCAUCUUGUUAGAGUUUAGCUACUAAAGUUGUGGAGAAAUAUGCAUUUCCAAAUGUGAAAUGUAGUGUUUUUUGUUUUAUUUAUUUAUUUAUUUUUAUUAACCGCUUAAGUACAGAAACUUUUCUCUUCAGAGAAAUGUAUAUAGAUUAGUCAUAAAUCUUUGUACUUCAAAGUUAAUUAAAAAGGAAGUUCUCCAAAUUCAGAAUGCGG